GUAUGUUCGUUUAAUGUGCGGUGUUUUUUCUUCGCACGUUUCCUGGCGAUUAAUUCCCACCCCCUCUUCUUCGCGGGAGCCGGCCGCCUUCACGGAGAUUGAACCUGCAUUCAGAGGGCCAUGUCUUUUUGGACACAUCCAGCCUCCUCAUUGUGAGGGAAGCCUCUGUAGAAUGACCCUGCGAUGAUCCAAAAGAGGAGGAACGUGGUUCUGCUUGAGGAUGGAAACAGAGAUUAGCCAAAGCUGUUAACCAAAGGACUGGCAGUCCAAGGGAUAAGGAUCUCUUUGCCCACUCUGCCAACACUAUCAAAAUGUUUGUCAAAGUCACUGGAUAAGCAAAGACCAAAGGUCAGUCCCAGCAAUAUUUCCAUUGUAGGACUCUGACGUGUAUUUUCUGCUUGGUUUGCUUCUGGAAGAAACUGGAAACAGAGGAGGAAAACUAUGAAGACCAACAAGCUCUCCUCUCUUAUAGCUUUUUUCCUCUUGAGAGAUGCGGUAAGAAGAACAAACUGCUGACUCUGAUAACUUCUCUCCCUGCUGCCUCUGCUUUUGCUGGAAGGGACAUUAUUCCUUGUGCACGAUUCUGCCAGAAGCAGGUGGUGCUGAAAAGGAGGUGAAGGCCUAGCGCAAUUUCCCAGGUAUCUCAGGAAAUGGGCUUCAAAAUGGCAAUUAUCACAGCAUACUUGACACUGUGGGUCUGCUUGCUAGAUGUUUUCUCAGUGGCUUGGAACCGUGGAAUGGCUGGUGGAGGCCCUGUAAUACUGGAUCACCCAUUCAUCACCAUCUGGAAUGCUCCCAGUCAAGAAUGUGAAGAGAAAUACAGAGUUUCCCUUGACUUGGGGAUUUUUGAUGUGGUUGUCAACCAGAACGAGUCAUUCACAGGGAGUGACAUUACCCUUUUCUACAGCAACAGGUUAGGAUAUUAUCCAUACUACACUGAGAAUGGCACAGCAGUCAAUGGGGGCAUCCCCCAAAAUGCCAGUCUCAAUAAUCAUCUUUGGAAGACUUGGCAGGAUAUUGAAAAAACAAUUUCGGAGGCAGGUUUCAAAGGUCUGGCGGUCGUGGACUGGGAGAGCUGGCGUCCUUUGUGGGUUCGCAACUGGAUGUCCAUGCAGAUCUACCAGAACAAAUCCAUAGAGCUGGUGAAGGAGCAGCACCCCGACUGGCCUGCUGAUAAGGUGGCUAGGGAAGCUCAGCGAGAAUUCGAGCAAAUGAGUCGGGCGUUCAUGGAGCUGACUUUGGCGCUUGGCCGAACCCUGAGGCCGGAGGGUUUAUGGGGCUUCUAUGGCUUCCCUGACUGCUAUAACAACGAAUACAAAAGCACCGACUACACUGGAGAAUGUCCAGAGAUUGAGAAGCAGAGGAAUGACGAAUUGCAGUGGCUGUGGAACCAAAGCCGAGCUCUCUAUCCCAGCAUUUAUCUUCCCAAAGAGCUCAGAUUCCUCAACAAGACUCUUGAGUUUGUCCGUCAUCGAGUCCAAGAGGCAUUCAGGAUAGUGAACCAGACGGAGAAUAAAACCAUCCCAGUCUUGCCUUAUGCUUCCAUUGCAUAUCCGUUCACACAGAGCUUCCUCUCACAGGAGGACCUGGUCCACACCAUUGGUGAGAGUGCUUCUCAAGGUGCUGCUGGGGUCAUCUUGUGGGGGAGCACAAAUUACAGUUACUCUGAGGAAGCCUGCCUUGAUGUGAAGAAGUACGUGGACACUGUCCUUGGUCCAUACAUCGUAAACGUGACCAGCAGCACAAGGCUGUGUAGCCAGAUCUUGUGUUCAAAGAACGGCCGCUGUGUGCGGCAGGACGGGCACCCCGAUGCUUUUCUGCACCUCACUCCUGCCAGCUUCUCUAUUCAGAAGCAUUUGGAAGAGCCACACUUUGUUGUCAUGGGUCAGGUGUCAGCGAAGGAGCAAGUCCAGAUGGCCAAAGAAUUCGCAUGCCAAUGUUACAGCGGCUGGGAAGGCUCGCGGUGUGAGAAACAGUCAGCUUAAGAGAGCGAGGCACUAUAUCUGUUUGCACAGGCACACUUAAUUGGCAAGGGAAGCUGGAGAAAAGGCACAUUGAACCAGCCUGUACUCCUUAGGGAUAUAAAAAUCUCCUUUCUCUCUCUCUCUCCCCUCAUCACUACACACUUAUGAGAGGAUCUCCACAUGUACCUUCUGGUCAACAUGUGCUGUGCAUACUUACCCCAGAAGCACAUACUUGGCUUUCUCAUGAAAUAUGCAAUCUACUCAGAAGCAGACUGAGAGAGGGUAUGCUUUUCAGGCACGACAGCACUGUAGCACACCACUUGUCCUUAUAAAAAACUAACAAUGCGCAUGCGUAUCCAUAGACCAGUGUGCAUGUGUUUAAAUUAAACUGUUAAAUGCCUAUUAGAUACAUUGCUGGCAUGCCACUGCAAUAUUUCACAACACUCUGUCCUAUCUCACGUAUGGCUUGGCUUCUGCUCUCCAAGAACCCUCCUCGCUGUCUUCAGGAGUAGACUUUGUGUUUCAAGCAGGAGACCUAAAUUUAUUCUCAGACUUGUUAGCUGUUAGGACUGUGAAGAAAGGCCCUGAUCUGUCCCCACCAUUUCUCUAAGUCAAUUUGUCAAGUACUGUAUCUCCUGCCAAUUCUCUUCCGUUUCAAAGAGGGUACCUAAGACGCCUACCUGACAGACUAGAGUGGCCUCAAAAUUUUGUAUUCUGUUUUGACCUUCUGCCUGCUUUUCCUUUUCCAAAGAUUUAAUAAAGUUUCCUA